GUGCGGGCGUCAGUAAGCACAUGGAACAACAUGGCGGCAUCCAAAACAACAGAGGAAGGGGUAAAGCGUAAAAGCAUCCCACGCGGAAAACCAAAGUCUGGAAGGGUUUGGAAGAGCGAGAAGAAAAGGAAGUCAGCUGUUAUUGGUGUUCAGCCAUUACAUACACCAUGGGACAAGAAACAGAAAGAAAGAAUGGAAAAGAAGUUAAUGAAGAUUUAUGAAAAGGAACUCAGAGAUGAAACAAAGAGACAGAAAGAGGAAAAACGUAGAAAAAUUGAGGAAAGAAGAAAGCAAAAAGAGGAGAAUGAAAAGAAAUCUCAAGUUGUACAAGAGAUUAAAAAUACAGCAAAGAUAAAACGAAUGAAAAAGAAACAGCUUCGAAUGCUAACAACCCGUUGAUGUUAAAGUCUGUCAUAUAUUUAUUUCAGACUUGUACUGUGUGAGAGAAAACUUUUUGUAAAACAACUAAUUAGUAAUCUUGACAAGAAUGUCUUUUAGUCAGGAAAAAGCUGCUGAGUAGCAGACAGAUUUAUCCUCAGCUGGUGAAGAGCAAGAGAAUUCCAGAAAGAAAUUGUCAAUAUGUUCAAGAAAUAUGAAUAAAGGGUAUAAGUUUCUAAAGAAACUGUGGUGCUCUGUCGAUGGGAGAGUAUAACAGGGUAACUUAGUGUCAUCAACUGAGUUGAAAACAUAAAUUGACCAUCGUAUAGAGUUUCAAGGCUGAUGUUCAAGUGUUUGCCUUUUGUCAGACCCUGUUCAAGAAAUUAUUUGAAAAAAAAGAAUGAUGAAAAUGGCAAAGUAGGGCUGGUGUAUUUGAAGAACAUAUGUUGGUACAUGUACAUUUUCAUGUGGGAAUGAAUGCCAAAAAAUGCAUGUUUGUCUAUAAAUUUAGUAAGUAUUUAUUACUCAAGAUUUUU